AUGUCUUCGUCGAUAUUGCAUCAGUGCCCGCACUGUGGUCAUGUCUCCGAUAUCUCCAACGCCCUGGCAGCCUUCAUCGAGAACCCCCACUGUAAACAGGUAGUUUCUGCAUUCUUCAUCCUGUCCCAAGGAAUCCUGACCAGGAGCAUCUAUAUACAGUGCGGCCUGUCUGCUUCUGAAAGCGACUCGAAAAUGCAAGACGAACUAGCAGCACUGUUUGAUAGACAAAUGAGUAUGGCACAGCUGCAUCCCGCCAAUAUAGAGUCCAUGUCCAUGACCAUCCCCCCUCAAGAGCCUGCGCCUCCCGCAUACAGCAUCACGCAGCUCUACCAGUCUGCUCAAAGAGUCGCGGAGCAGCCGUCAAGCGUCGAUGUACUGAGAUAUCACGGUCUGGACCCGAGUACCCUUACCCCGGAGCAGUGUGGACUGUUUGAGAAUGCUGGUGCGGAACAGAGACAGCGGUUGAUACAGACGUGGCUGCUGUACUCGCAGUUAGGGAAUGAGGCUAGUGUGAAUGAUUCUGCUAUAGAUGAUUCUACUAUGGAUGCUGGGGGCGAUGGGAAUGAGUAUGCCGAGCCGUACAUGGUGUCCGGGUACCGGUCGGUUCCUAAGCAGGCGGCUCAUAUUCCCACGGAGCCUACUACUGGGGAGACCUAUAUGGGCUCGAAAGAUCCUGUGUAUCAGGGACAGGGUUGGUGGGAAUUGGCCAAGGCGGGGCCUGUGGAAUCACAGUAUGGUGCUUUUGAAGAGACGAUGAGGUAUUACCCUAGCUGUGGUGUGUACCGCUACUAG